GUUUGUUUUCCCAAACUUUCCUGUAGUUCUUUUAAAAAAAAAAAAAAAAAAAACCUGAUCCUGGCAGUUGGCUCAUUACUUUCUAUAGUUUCUAUUGGUUUUUCUGGCCGUCCAUUUUUUCUAUUUUUAUUCCUAUAGUAGUUUAGAUUCUUCAACCGAUCAAGCAUCUACACGGACUGGAUCAAGUUCUGAUACUGAAAUUCUGCUCCCACAACCUUGAUGCUGGCAAAAUUGUCCCAAUGGACAGAUGCCAUAAGAACCAAAAACUGAACUGAACUGACCAUCCAUAACUUGUCGGUUUAAUUAAUAUUGAUACCUAACCUCUCCUAACCUCGUAUGACUCGUAUUUCUAUUCAUAUUGUGACAGAAAAAAAAACACUAAAAGAAUACAAAUAAUUUUAUUAAUUAAUUUCCAGCUUCAACUCCAACGCAACUCCAGUUUCCACAUGAGAAGAAUGUCCGCUCUUAGGAAAUAUAUAGAUAUUGGAGCCAACCUCACAGAUGAUAUGUACCAAGGGGUCUACCAUGGGUCAAAGAAGCAUGAACCUGAUUUGGACAAGGUACUAGCGCGCGCCUGGGCCGGUGGCAUGGACAAGAUGAUUAUCACUGGAGGCAGCGUUACAGAUAGCAAGAAGGCGAUUGAAUUGUCCCAAAGAGAUUCGAGAUUGUUCUCUACUGUAGGAUGCCAUCCAACUCGGUGCACAGAGUUUGUCCAGGACCCUCAGGCCUACCUUGAUGAUCUUAGGGCUCUCAUUGCCGCUAAUAAGGACAAAGUGGUGGCCAUCGGAGAAUGUGGACUGGACUAUGAGAGGCUUCAUUUCUGUGAAAAAGAUGUUCAACUGAAAUAUUUCGAAUACCAGCUCCAGCUAAGCAAAGAAUUCCACCUACCACUCUUCCUACACUGCCGGGCCGCAGCCGACGACCUGGUAGACAUACUGCACCGUAACCAAGACUCCAUAGUUGGCGGUGUGGUCCACUCCUUCGAUGGAACGGAGCAUGCGUUAGACAAGAUAUUAGCAUUUGGGAUGUAUAUUGGCAUCAAUGGAUGUUCACUACGAACUGAGGAGAACCUGGCAGUAGCAGCAAAGAUACCCAGAGACCGGCUAAUGAUAGAGACUGACUGUCCGUGGUGCGAAGUCAAGCCGACGCACCCCGGCUACAAGCAUGUGACAACCAAGGUUACGGCGGUCAAGAAGGAGAAGCAUUCUGCAGAGUGUCAAGUUAAGGGGAGGAAUGAACCUGUUAACAUUGUACAUGUUUUGGAAAUCUUGGCAGCGAUUCGGAAUGAAGAUGCAAACGAGCUAGCAGAUGUAAUAUACACUAAUACUAUGAAGUUGUUCUUUCCCGAUAAAUAAAUAGUUUUUUGUUUA